GAGGAGAACGUCAGUACCACCGUCACACCGCACGUCAUUGCUGACGUAGGAUUGGUUUGUUCUCUUCAUUUUUGCGGUCCUCGUUCUUGUCGGUUUCGGCAUCACCGCAGCAGUUGAGAGCUCAAAGAUCGCACUAUGUCCAUCAUUGCACUUCGGGAUUUGCACUAUUUGCAUCGGAAAGCGGCAGGGAAGGAACCGGAAACCCUGUAAGUGGUGGGGUGUAGGGCACGUUAGCAGAGGAGAGCGAGUGUGUGUGUCUGAUAAAGAACAAACACAAAAGGAGGCAGGCUUCCCCCUGGCUUCCCCACCUCCUCCUCUACAGACUGCGGCGUCGACCAGGGCCUGAGGAGAGGGUGCGGAGAGACAAUAAACGAGGGAAAGGCAGUGGAAGAAAGAGAGAGAGAGGCAAAGGGGAGACUCCGAAGAAUCGAGAAACACAAAAUGUCGCGCGUAGCUCAGCAGUACGUCGCCUCCACCGAGCCGUCGUUGGGUUGUUGCUGGCGCCGCGACCGCUGUCGCAGUGUUCCCGUCGCAACGGAGGAUCGCCGGUUCGGCCGGGUUUUUCGCGUGAACUCCGCAGCUGCUUAAGACGAGUGUGAAACUGAACCGUGUGUCCGACUACUGCACUACGCGCAGUGGCCUCCAUGAUAAAGUGACAAACGGACAUGCGUCCUCGCCAACGAAGAGGGUCUCACAAGAACGAUAAUUUGGUUCUGGAGGCAGCAGCGUCGUUAGCUGGGGCCGGGACCAGCUGAAGCGACUUGGAGAAAAAAAAUAAACUGCGCGACAGCAUCUGCAGACAUGGGGAGCUGCGUCUCGGCCUUGUCGAGUGUCGGCGGAGACAGGAGUCGUCGAGAGCGGACGUUUCAGGUGUGGAACCUGGACGAGCAGGGCGCCGAGGUGAGCCCGGGCAAGAUCGAGGUGAACGCGAACGACCUGGUGCUAUACCAGCGUGGCCGGCCACCUGUGCGGUGGCCCUUGCGCGGUCUGCGCCGCUACGGCUUCGACGCGCACCUCUUCUCCUUCGAGAGCGGCCGCCGCUGCCCCACGGGAUCGGGCAUCUACGCCUUCAAGUGCCACCGCGCAGAGGCGCUCUUCAACGCUCUGCAGGAGUGCAUCCAGAACUCGGGCGCCGCGUCCGCCAUGACGACGACCAUCAGCAGUUCAGCAACGGCCACCGACCAGCAGCAGCCGGUGCCAUCUUCCAGCGUGGUCCCGCUGACGAGCCAGAGGAACGACAUCAUCUUUCCCCCGCCUAUCAGCAACGGCCCCACAGUCGACUCGUCGGGUUACCUUGAACCCAUCUCUCUGGGUUCCCUGCGUCCUCCCACAACUACGCAGUCAAACGCAGCCGCCAUUACGACGGCCACUGUGACAGCGCAGAGCCUGCCACAACACGUUCAGCAUUCCUACGUCAACUCGUGCGCCCAGUGCGGCCAGCCGCACCCGCCACCCUGCGUUGACAUCAACACUAACUACGCCAAGCUGGAUGACCUACUCAGACAGGAGGCAGUCGUCAAGCAGAGAGACAGCAACCACUUCUACGUCAACGUAAACCCCAUGCCCUUGGGUCAGCAGCAGCAGCACCAACAACCGCCGCCAUCACAGACGCACUCGUACGCAAACCUGAGCUGUCCGGCAUCCCCCGAGCGCGCUGUGCCAUCAUCAGCAGCAGCGUCAUCAUCAACAGCAGCAGCAGCUGGCCUCGUCAAUAACGGCGGGUUGGCAGACGAGGUCAAUUACGUGGUGCUCGACCUGGACCACCAGAGCGACUCGAGCACGAGUGCCGUGUCACCCGUGGCAACCGCAGCGCCCGUGGUAGGCACGACGGCGGUGGCGCCAAGUGGCGCCACUGCGGCACUGGCGCCACCGGGCUCGCAGCCCACGUCGCCCAUACGCACGCCCGAGGGCUAUGCGACUAUCGACUUCGACCGGACGGCCGCACUGUCCAACUCGGCCAACCCGAGUGCACACCACCACGAUGACAGCGUGCGCAAGACUCGCCACAACAGCAACGCAGUGCCCGUGCUGUGCUGAACAGUGAGGGGUGUCUCGGGGUAUGUGCGCAUAUGGGUGAGCGCUAUGGACCAGCUGAUAAAGUGCAUGCAUUCUCCAACCUUGCUGACCAGAAGCUAACUACCACAACGACGGCUUGUGCAAGACAAGCUACUGCAGCAAUGUUUGUCAGUGGUCUGCUAAGUGAUGAGGUGUCGUUUGGAUAUGCGUGCAUCUGUGUGGGUGUGACGAUAACCUGCCCUGCUGAUAAUGUGACGAGAGAACACCCCAAGUUGCUGCUCUGCGAGUGACCAGAGCACAGCGGAUGUCAAAUUAGGCCUCAGUGUGGAGUUCUGGAAGUUAGAGGCAAUGAGCACACUUAUGCUCUCUCCUCCUGGAAUGCCAGGUGCUGCCCGGAACUCUUGGCAACCGGUCACAACUGGCCUGCCAGAUUUGUGCUGUGAGCGAUGCAGUGCUCCCAAGACGUAGCACCGAGCUGUUGCUUCAAAGGAGGCAAAAAAUGGUGUCUGGGUGGCACACUUGUUUGGUGCUUGUGCAUACACUGUGUAAACGGUGUUCGUGGGCUAUUCGUACGUGCUCUGCUGAUGACCGAGAAAAGCUGCCUCAAUGCUGACAUUCAAAUUAUUGACUAGCUGUUCGUGCCAACAAUACUUGCCAGGUUAUAUAAUCUGCUCAAUUUCAGCUUCUGGAAACAGUAAUAGGGUUUGAACACAUUUUCGACCACCUAUCGUACCUUCACUAUUCUAACAUGCUCCUGAUUUUCAUAACAAGAAAAAACAUAGCAAGCUUCCUAUUUUUGGAGUCAGAAAAGAAAUCAAACGAGCAAAAUUUAUCAUCACUGAAUCAAAAUUCAGCCACUAGCAUGAACCAUGUAAGAUAACUCAUCUUUUGAGUGAGCCUUAAUAACAGAAGUGAGACACCACUGGCGAUCCUUUGAGCAUUGUCAGCCUAAAAAAUCAAGCACGAAGAAUUAAGCACACACGGAAACUUGUUCCAUCGCCAUCUUGUGAUGGCAAUCGUGUUGGCUCUGACGGUCACCUUUCACCAAUGCCUCAAAUGCAGUUUUAGUUAUAUAUGUCCGAUUGUAACACGCAGGCAAUUUGUCGACACAUUUUCUGGGAAAGAAAGUGCAUCUUAGGAUUGGGUGAAUAUGUAUAGUACACUUAGUUUCGUGUACAAUUGCUGUGUGUAAAGCCAAGCUUAAUAUGCUAGUGACAUUUGGAAAAACAAAGCACAUGACAAAUUUUCUUUUUUUCUUUCUUUCCCGAUAGCUCGAUAAUUAGCUAAUUUCCCGAUAGCUCCCCGAUAAUUAGCUCUAGUCAGUUAAUACCUUAAUAAUUUAGUACAAUAACUUGACACAUACGUAGAUGGAAAACAAACGAGCAUGAGAAUGUGAAAUGAAGUGAUUUGCCCUAAUGUACUGUCAGACUUAAGGAAGUUUUUGGGUGCCCAUCACCUGAACAGUCACCAAGUAUAGUUCUAGGGUUCCUGCAUCACUAAUGAUACUCCACGCCUGUGGUGAAAUAGAGUAACUGUCCUUACAUUCAAUCUUUACAUUUUCAAAGUGCAGCAAGUGUUGUAGAAGACUUAUACCUGUGCCACGAGGCCUGAAAAUAUUAUAUUGAAUCGAUAAUGCCUUAAGUUCCCUUAUGAAGUCUCUUUUCAGUGGAGCUGCCACAUGUCCAAAUAUAAUUGCAUUUAGUACGUUGAUGUUGAUGACAGCAUCUUCUGGAGUGAGCAACUUCUAAUUAAAAGAUAAAUGCGUCUUUACAAGUUUCAUCUGCGUUUGCGAAUAGUGAAAUAUAAUAUAAGCAUGCUAUGGUACCGUUAGCUUAAUUUUGUGGCAACCGAUAGUGUUGCAACCGACUGUAGCAACUUCAGCAAUUGCAUGUCAAAUUCAAAGCCCAGAAGCAAAAUACCGCUUGCCGCUCCAAAGCCAUUACAAUGCCGACCUGAGGAAGUUUGCCGACUACAACUACUGACAGCGUGGUAAUCGAAGGCUACAUAUAAUUUUUGACACGAUAGAUGCUGCUCCAAAUACUUCCAUUAUACUGCUCCACGCAAGCUAUGGUAUUGAGAGCACACUUUUCUCAGUCAAAUGAGUUCUGGCAAGCGCGUUAAAUAUCACAUGACACUAAACAAAUGACAUUCAGUUUGUCCAUGUGGCAUUACACAAAUGGCAUUAAAAUUUAAGGCAUCAACAGGUUAAUGCAAUUUUUUUCUGCCCAUGGUGGCACAGGCAGCAAAAGGUUCUUGUUUGUGGUCACGUGUCUGUAGACCUUUAACAGAUGGUAACCUUUGUCACAAGAGCUACCAGUUCUGAAGGCAUCGCAUCUUGUCCCCAGCCAAAACGCGAUACACCAGAUUUCUAGAUGUUGGGCUUAAUUCAUUAGGGCAUACAGACUGCAUUUUACCAGCAGACUCUCAUUUUUCAUGCCAGAUUGCAGCAUUGGAUGGCAACUUUCCUCUGGUCUGUCACGAUUUAGCAUAGUAAGGAGGCCAGUGCAUUUAACCGGUAGCAGAAAAAAAUAUUGGCCGCCUGCUUUGCGUCCUGUAAAUGCAGAGCUGGCCAUAUGCCAAACAUGUGUCCUGGUAAUGUUGUUCCGUGCAGCAAAUAGUCAUGUCAGAGCAUCUAUAAUGGCUGCAAACAUGGUGUUGGCUUUCCCAGCUAAUCAUGGUUAGGAUAACUGAAAAGGCAGAAAAUUCCACAUUUGCCUGGUGUAUUACCACAUCUGGCUUCACUGCUUGUUUUGUGCUACAUUACUGCUUCUCUUCAGAGAGAUGAUGUUCUGUGUAUAUGAGGCAUGCUUUAUCCGAGACCUGCUAUGUAUAUAAGUGCCAUAUACUAAGCCUAGAGGUAAAAUACAGAGGAAGACUUAUGGGCUUUCUCAGUUUGAUCGAAUGUUUUGCAGUCCUUGCAGACUAACAUAGGUGCAAGAAUCCUUUCCUCAUCAACUUUUCUUGGCAUGUCGAUGCAAAGUUCUUACUGAUGUUGACAUUAACCACGAGUUUGAACUGAAGAGCAUGAUUGAGCUGGACUUGCAUGGCUUUUGGUUGUAUUGCUGAAUGAUCUCGUGCUAGGCAGUCAUGUUCACUGUUUCUGGCUGGUGUUCUACAAGUCCAUUUUGCUUUACCAAAGUAGUUCAUGCUCUGAAUGAGGUCACUUUUAUUUAUUGACAUGGAAACAUUUACAGCAGCUAACCUGAAGUUUGUUUCACUUGGGCAUUUUUAUUCUACACGUUUUACACAUUUUUACAUGCCUGGAUAGCGAAUUGUUUCGUCAGCCAGAGGACAUAAGCUGAUGCAUUAUUAUCCUUGACUGCAAUUUUUUUUUUUUGCACAUCAGAAGUGUCUGUAGAAGGAUUGUCAUUAGCAGGGAUCAAAACGGUCUAACUGAGCUGUUGCACUUGCAGAAAAUCGAUGCCUCAUGCACUUCUUCAGAAACAUGCUUCAAUGAGAGUGCAGAAUCCAAGUGCUAGCUCAAACGUUAUCUUCACUCACACAUAAGCCUGCAUCAAUACCUGCCAGUUUCUUUUUGUUGGCUUCGUGACUGCACAUGUAGCAGGGUAUUCUUGCAGGGUAAUGUUGCAUCACACAUUGACCAGGCCUAACUGCCAAACGUGGGUGAAUGCCAGCUGGAGUCGUGUUUUAAGUAUUUAAGUAUUCUAGCCACUGACCAAAGAUGACCAGGUGCUAAUGUGCCAGUUGCAUUUCACAGGCAUUUCAAUCACAUCGCCACCAAAGAAAAGGCACGGUGUGUUAUCGACGUGUUAGCACUUGUUUUAGCCAAAGCUUGUUCAUGUUUCAUUUGUUCGUCAAUUUAAGCAUACAUUUCGCAAAGAUCUCAUGAAGUGUUCCUGAUGUUUCCCGUUCGUUAAUUUUUUUCUUUCUUCUAAUGCAUGUUAAUGUAUGUGUAACAACAAGCACGCAACUUUUAAAGAUGGAGCAUUAUAAUUUGUCAGCUUGUACGCAGAGAGCUCCAGUGACCUAUGGUCAUUUGAUACAUGGCUAUACCUGCAGCCAUUUUUACUUUUUCCAGUAUGUAUUUACUCUGAGUCUAUGUGGGGGGAGUUUCUUCAAAGUUAAUCAUGCUUGUGCUUGCUGGUAUUUGCAAGGCGGUCAGGUCAUUGGUCCUGACUGGUCUCAAAUAGGUAAGCUUAUAAGCCCUGAAAGGCUGCUUUAUUGACACAAAAUAAAAAUGUUUUAAAUUUUUCUUUUAAAUUCAGGCAUAUGUACCGUCCAGUGCUCGACUUUUGUCUCCCCACGAAAAUGAAUGCUAGACACAUUUCAAGACUAAGGAUUACAAACAGAGGCUUUCAAAAUAUUAGUAUUUACAUUUUCUAUUGAUGUAAACACGGUGUGCACUUUUGUAUUUCUUGUAUGAUGAACCGUUCAAGGAAAUGUGAAGCUAUGACCAGAUUUCUUACAGGCAGCUUCUGUUAAAAACGGCCUUAUUAUGGCCUUAUUAUUGACAACAGCAGCUGCUUUGCAGCUUCUGUCCCACUUUCACAGCUAAUUUUAUAGGCAAUGUUAUCUGUUACAGAUUUUCAAAGCUUUGAGUUGUGUAUUCUGGCGACACAUAGAUGGAUCCACAAAAGUAAUCAAGUUAAACCUACGUUGUGCUUCAAAAGUUUACUAUGAUCGUUAAAAAUGCAGUUCAAUAUGGAGCUAUGUUUAAUAGGCAAACAAUGGAUAUUCCUCAGUUGAAAGAAUGUCCACAUGUUUCCUGCAAGCAAUAGUUUAUGCCUGUCCUGUUGCCGUUAUUGUGUGGAAGCACAAUGAGCAUGUAAAUGUACGCUGCUGUGUAUGAAGCACCCAAGUGAUGUUUGCAGAAACGUAACAAACUCUGCUUUUAUGGCAGCUGUGUUAACUGUUAUUUAAUAACUUCAAAGUUCCUCCACAAUGUGCUAUGCGAGCUGAUGUGAAAGCUUGAAGCAGCUAUGUAUACACACUAAAAGUUGGUCCAUCUACUCAAACGGAAACACUGGUGCAGGGCCAACUCCGAGUUUGUCUUCUAAAUGUAUGUGAAAUUGAAGAAAUGCCCCUGUACCACUGAAAUUAUUUGAGUAUGUAGCACUUAAAGAAAGAAAGAAAAAUGGAAGUGCAGAGAUUACCAGAAGCUAACUUAAGGCCCACAACAUUUCUUUUUUCCAAGUUCCAAAAUUAGAAAAAGAAAACACUAAAGCACCAAAUUUACCAUACUGUAACAAAAAGGGGCAUUGCAUUUCCGUAAACUGAGUUUAUAAGAUCAUUUAAGACUAACAAAAUGAACAUGUUAAGUUUAUGACAUUCUUAUUGUGUUAGAGAAUUUUCACAAACGUUAUAUUUACAGAAUAUUGGCACAUUGUAGUCACAUGCAAGACAUCUGCCUCAAAUGCUUUAAUAGAUGAAAUUUACAAAACGAUAAUACUGUAGUAGAGUUGCAACAUUGAGGCGUUUGUUUUAUUAAUUAAAAAAAUUAAUUUUUGUGCACAAGCUUACAGACCCGCACAAAAUUCAUACAUUAGCCACUUGAAUUCGACAUUUUCUUUUCAAUGCAGAAAAUUUUGUUCAAACUGGUUCACUGUGUCGACUCGGUAAAGCAUCAUGAAUUUUGCAGUACUAUGUUUGACCAUGGAGGGCACGACCUAAAGUUUCCCCGUUACCAGGUCUGUGCAAAAAUGCACAGAUGCUCAUACCAUUAACAGUGUAACAUUGAAGUGGACAGUUGGGAGAGGGUGGCAUUUAAAAAAAUGAUCACUGCUUAAGUACCAUCCAAUUCAUCCUGGCUUUUGCAUCGCUGUGAGCAUACCAUCGGUGAACAACGAACAGCAAUUCCUCUUGCAAAUCCAGCUGCAACUGACAAGAGAGUAAAUUGUAACAUGGCAAACUGUUCUGGUACUGCCACCAGGUAGAAAUUUUUGGAGGUUACUUUUGACCUGUUCAUCUAUGUGGCUUCUUUGGUUAACCAGUUUAAAAAGUUUGUCAUUGUCAACGUGAAAGUUGUGCAGUCGGCUGCCUAGUCCUAGCUUGUGCCAGAUACCAAAGACCACACAUGCGAGCAUUUUAGGCAUUUUCAGAGGUUGUUGUUGCUGCUUAGGUGCUAACUUCGGGUGCUCUUGUGUAUUAAUUCCCCGUUACUUUAUGUACACUUACAGUCACGAGAAAAUGUCUAGAGACCACAGGUGCUAUAAAAAUAUCUUUUUCUGUUCACUGCCUAGGCACGAAGGCUCAACUCAAGUUGUGUAGCCCGUGUGCACCUGUUCAACCAAUGUCAUGCAUUACAGUAAUUCCACAUUGCUCGGCUGUGCUAGAAUAAAUUUUUUUGCUGAUAACAUGGUCUCUAAACUUUUGCUCUCAGCUGUACCUUUUGUGGUGCUAGUUGCCAGAAAAAAAAUAUAUUGCGGAUCUUGGGAAUGUGUUUAAGUUACGUCAUACAGAUGUUAAAACAACCAACAGUUGAUUCAAAGUACAUGUUUACUUGAAGUGUUGCAUAUACGCGAAUGCAGGUAAUGCUGCAAGUUGUGUUUGAGGCCUGUUCAAGUUUUCUGCACAGAGUACAGAGGCACCAGGGCAUUAAGUAUAAAUCUCAAAUAUCUCUGGCAGCAAUUUUUCCCGUGUCCGUUGAUUACCAACUGCCUUUGCCGAGUUGGAGCAGCGUGCAGUGUUACUGUGCAUACGUGACAAACUUUUGGCCCUGCUGCAACCUCGCAAAAGGACAGAACUGUACAGGGUGUGAGCUUUUAUGUGAGUAACAGUGUUUUGUGCAUGUCUGUUGUACGAUGGGUGUUGCUCUCGCUGUAGCUAAGCAUUUCUUCUGUAUCCGUAUGGCAGGAAAAAUGUUGACGAGUACCUUAACAUUGUGCCUCUGAAAGAAAGCGCAUAAAUGGAAUCGGGUUGCUAAAAAAGUAACUUCACAUGAAGUUGAUGUCAAAUAUGCCCGAGUCUCUAGUGUGACCUUCUGCCAAGUUGCUUGUUCAAAAAAAGAGAUGCAUUAUAAUGGCAUUUCAGCGGAGAAUUCUUUUCACUCCUAGCAACAUUGUCACAUAUAUUAUUUUGGAAUGGAGAUAUGGCAUUACCUUUAGUUGAAACGCAGUCAUCAUUGCACACAAUACAGCAUGCACAUAAUAGAAGCUAUGCUGCUACCCGAUGUUUCUUUUUCCCUCAAUUAAGGUAUGUGAGGUGUGUCCUUGGCUUGGCUUGCAAGAAGUCUCAGAAGGAAUGCAUUAUUUCUCACAUUUAUACAAGCUCUAAUUGCAACAUGUUCAUUGUGGCUUUUGUACUAUUGGCUGCCUUUGCAGAUUGUCUGAAAAUUUGCUAGCAACCUCGGAGUUUUCGAAAUGGAGGCAGCCAGUUAAGUCAGGUGCCAAGUGACCGCACAUUUCCAUUCCAGCACCUACUAGAGCUUGGCAGUUGGUCAGCACACACCGGGCAUUCCUUCGAGUCGCAAUCUUUAUUGUAUCAAGUGUCCACUGCAGAAAAUAAAAAAUGCCAAAGAUAGAGUAAAUAUGUACCUGUUAACAUGUCCGCUGGUUCCUGAGAAGACGACUACUAUUUAUGGAGAAAAUGUGAAAUAAAGAAGCUUCGUAUCGUUCUA